UACAAGAUGGCGAACGUUCGGGAUAGUGACACAUCGUUGUGGCUCCACAAUAAACUCGGAACAUCGAAUGAUUCUUGGACCAGUGGCUCAAUUUGUACACAAUUAAACGCCGAAGUUCUAAAAAACAUCAAGGAUUGUUUUCCAGAUCUCCAAACACAAGUGAAACUAAAAUUAUUGCUAAGUUUCUUUCAUAUCCCGCGCAGAAAUGUUGAAGAGUGGAGAAAUGAGUUGGAAGAAAUCAUUGAAGUUGCCGCAGUGGACUCUGAUCUAUGGGUCGCUAUGCUCGCCGAGGUCCUCAAAACCUUCCCCUCAGCUGGGACCCUCAAUACAGAGAUAGCAGAGUUCGACGAGACGAGGCCCAUAUUCAGCGAUAUGAUCGGGGAGCUGAGGAGAGCCCUAGCCAAACAUUCAGACCUUGGACUGUUACCACUUGAGUGCCUAUAUUUAAACAAAAAUGCCUUAGUGUCUGUGGUAGGACAACAACCCAAUCCGGUUAAACACUUUACACUAAAACGUAAACCUAAGUCUGUUGCAUUAAGAAGUGAACUGUUGGCCAAAGCGGCAGAGGUUCAGGCCAACCAGAAGAAGGCAUUAGCGCCGACCGUGCCUGUGCGGAGUCGCGGCAUGCCGAGGAAGAUGACCGAUACCACGCCCCUCAAAGGUCUCCCAUCCCGCUGGGCGGCGCGUACUGGAGCUCGCGUGCCGCCGGUGUCGCGCCCACCACCCCGCACCGGCAUCAAACUGCUCGACAUCGCCGAGCAGCCCGCCACGCACGCGCAGAUCAAAAAACGGAGGAAGUUGGAAAUGGAGGAAGGUGCCAAGAAGGCCCCGCCGGUCGCGCCGUCGUCUCCACCGCCCGACUACGCCAAGGGCCUCAACUACCAGAUGCCCAAAGCAGACGACACACCCACCACCGCGUCGAGCACCGAAGCGGUCCCAGAGACGCCCGAGCCGACGAGCGAGGUGGACAACCCGCCGUCCCCGGCGCCCGCGCAGCCCGCGCCGCCCCUCCUUGUGCAACAGAGCACGGGUGCAAAGCCAAUAGUGAUAGGGCAGCAGCAGAAGCUGCUGAUAGCGGGGCAGGCGGGCGGCAAGCCGGUGCUGCUGUCGGCGCAGAACCUGCUCAACACCUCCGCCGUCAUCCUGCAGGGCGGCGGCAAGGCGGUGCUGCUGCAGAACAUCAAACCCAUGACACAGCAAGUUGUACAACAGACGCCGCAGCCGAUCCAACACCAAAUAGCGCAUCCUGUUCAAAUCCAACAACAACCCGUGCAACAAGUGCCCGUGGCCGCGGUCCAGACGCAGCCGCAGCCGCAACCGCAACCUCAGCCGCAGCCGCAACCGCAGCCGCAAGCGCAACCGCAGCAGGCGCAACAGCCGCUCUUGCCGCGUAGAGGACUUUCACUAACGAGAGAACAAAUGAUGGAAGCGCAGGAUAUGUUCCGGAACGCGAACAGAGUCACGAGGCCGGAGAAAGCGCUUAUACUGGGAUUCAUGGCUGGCUCCAGAGACAAUCCGUGCCCGAACCUCGGCAACAUAGUCACAAUCAAAUUGUCAGAAAACAUAGAGAACGUACUGCAGUCGGACGACACGUACCUCACCAUGCUCUCCGAGAUGCACUUCCAGAUGAACUACAACAACGGACAGUGGACCAGGCUCAAGAAGUACCGGCACAUUGACGGCAUGGUCCCACAGAAGAUACCCCCCGGCUCAACAGUCAUAGCGGCCAACAACCAACAACCGGUCGUCUCCAUCGCCAACCAGAGUGUCAGUUAAGGUUCGUUAAUGGUUAAGUUGUUAGUUAUAGGGUUGGUGUUGCAAUACAGUUGACACAUGUGAAGAACUUUGACCAACGCGUUGGUCAAUGUAAUGGGGCCUACAUAAUCGAUGUGCACAUGAAUUAUUUAUUUAUUAUUGUAUAAUGUAUAACUCAAUAAAUCAAUAAAGUCAGUCUAUUUUAUCAACUUAUUUUGAAUUUUAAUGUUUUUAUUUUUAAUUGAAAUGGUAAGAUGACAGAUUAAGCGCGUUUUUACGUACAAAGCCUAAACAGGUCAACGGUAAGGAGACCGAACUCACGUCACGAGUUCGUGGGUUUGGACUACAGUUUAUCUAACUAGUUACGGUAAUACUAGUCAUAUUGAAAAGAGAAAUUAACUAAAGGAUAGAUAGAUAGAUAUUCUUUAUUUGCACACCACAAAGACAAAUAAAAGUGAAAUAAAAACAUAUUAGGAAAAGAUCAGCAUACAAAAGGCGGCAUUAUCGCUGAGUAGCGAUUUCUUCCAGGCAACCUUCGGUUUAGGAAAACUUAAGGAUCGUUUCGAAAGAAUGUUUUACACUAACACGCUGCUAGGCAACUGUCUACUAUCAAAAAGUAUAUAUAUACACUUUACAUCCAAAGCGAAACAGACAUUUAAACAAUACUACAGCCUUUCUUGAUGUUCUGUUUACCAACAAACAAAUUAAAAAUGAGAGUAUAAAUCACUAGUCAUUACACACCUAAUAAUAAUUAUAAUUAACUUGUUCUUAAAUUAAUGAAAAUAUAUUUUAAUUAACAUUUUUUAAACACACCAUACAUAAUUUAACAUAAAUAAGUUAUGAAAUGACAUACAUUUUCUACCUCCAUUUCUAAUUUAUUUGUUGGUAAACAUUGUUCAUCAAGAAAGGCUAUAGUAUAGAGGAACUAUAAGUGAAGCUAACUUUUUGGUAUAAUGUUCUAAACCAACAUUUUUGUUUUUAAUUUUACACCAAAAUAGUACUAGUUCCUUUGUUCCAACGCACCGGUCCAACGCGUUGGUUCCAAUGUUCUGGAAUCACUGUGUUGCUCCACCAAUUUCUAAAUUCCUUUCUAUGUUAAAAUAUACUAUUAUUAUAUUUAAAUGAAACAUUUUUAUAAAGCGUUGAAUGCGAGCUAUAUUUUUGGCAAUUUCUAGAUGCAAUAAUGUAGCCGCCAAGGUGCCGUCAUUAGAUGUGCAACUCGAUCAUUGUCAUAUCUCAAACUGAACUUACAGCAAUAAAUGCGAUUCUAUUAUGCAAGAGACGCAUUGACCUCUUAUAAUAAAAGGACGCACAAUCAUGUAGAAAAUUUAAUUUAAAAACUGGCCAAUUUUGCUUUGACAGUUCAAAAAUUAUUGGUAAAGAUAAUUAUAUCAAAAGGCCUUUAAAUAUAGUCCAAUAUUCAAGAAAUUCCAAAAUUCAGAGCAAAUUCAACCUUAAGGAUUGAGUUUUAGGUUGAAUUUGCAAAUACGACUACUUGAAUUGAGUGCCAAGAAAUUGUGUUUGGCACUCAAUGAGUGGGGAUGUUUUUUGGUCGCUGAUUGUGCAUCCACUUUUUUAUAGGAGAUCGAUGAAGGGACGUCAUUAUUUUAAGCCUUGACAUAAUACAUGUAGUUUACAGAAUACUGUGCGAAUGUUUAUUGCAAUGAUAAUUUUAAUCUGGACUAUACGUGUUUAUUUCUUUCUAUAAGAUCCGUUUUAUAUGUAAACCAUUUUUUUUCGCUUUAAAUUAGUUUCUUUAUUUUUCGUAACAUGGCGAAAUUUUUCAUUCUUCAGUAGGCCUAACGUUCCAUGACAUAUGUCGAGACGAGAAAAAGACAAAUGUCGACCAAUAGUGGUGCAAUUGAAUAUACCGUUUCGUUGCGUUGGAACGAAAGAGAGAGCGAUAUUUCGACUCUGCCGUUAUUGGUCGAUAAUAUGUUUUUUCCUCUUUGAUUAUGGCAUUGAAGCAUGCUAGGGCUUACUGGUAUUUUGUUUGGCUAUCAAAAAAAAUUACGAUGCUAUUCAGUAUUAUAGACAAGCCGCAUAAAUGCGCCCUCGAACGCGUGAUACAGAGGCGCGGGGGUAUGACGUCAGAUAGGGGUAGGGGUUGAUGGGGAUAGGGGGGACACGUUUCAUUAAUUUUUGUUAGGUGUGUAUUGCUGUCCGUUUCUCUGUGGCUUCCCUCUAGGGUUGUCACCUGUAUUUAAUUACAAAAUCUUUGUUAUUUAGGAUGAUUGUACUCUAUAAUAGCCUUAAUGAGAAAACUACAGUGAGAUAAAAUAAAAGUACUAAAGGUCUUUUAUGUUAGGUUCGAAAAAGGUUUAGUUUUUUCGUCUCACUGAUAAAAUACUCAAUUUUUUUUUUAAAUAGUGUGUAAUAAAACGGGUUACGAAAACAAUUUCACAAUCAUGAAUUAAUAACAGAAUAAAAUCAUUAAAUGUAAAUGCUGAUUUCAUCCUUUUUAAUAAAAACAUUUAAUUAAAAUGAUGUAAUAAAAUAACACAUACCUUUUUUUUUUCUCAAAAAAAAAUCACAUUAUUUAUUUCAAGUAGGUCUUUCAUAAAAAAGGUGGCAACCCUACUUCGCCCUGUCAUCAUACCCCGCACCCCUGUAUCGCGGGCGAGGACUCAAUUAUAUGAUUACCCAUGUACGUUAUUAGUAAAACUCUAUAUGGCUGUUUGUUCGUAAUGAUAAUUUUAUUGUUUUCUUAGUUAUAAAUUAAUUAAAGUGAAUUAGAUACGAUUUUGUUGAUCUCAAGGUUAACACGUCGAUGGGAAUAACUGUCAUAAACAACAAGAUAUUUUUUUGCAUUUCACUCUCGGGAUCGAAAAGCGUAACUUAUGUCUAAAACAGCCUUGUAAUUAGCAAACUACGAGUGUAUUUACAAAUUGUAACAAAAAAAUAUAAAUAUUGUAUUAAUAUCAUUGACCUCUUAUAAUAAAAGGACGCACAAUCAUGUAGAAAAUUUCACUGAAAAACUGGCCAAUUUUGUUUUGACAGUUUUAGAAUUAUUGGUAAAGAAAAUUAUAACUAUGUCUUUAAAUAUAGUCCAAUUGAAUAAAAUCCCAAAUUCAGAGCAAAUUCUACCUUAAGGAUUGAGUUUAAGGUUGAAUUUGCAAAUGCGACUACUUGAAUUAAGUGCCAAGAAGUUGUGUUUGACACUCAUUGAGUGGGGACGUUUUUUGGUCGCUGAUUGUGCAUCCACUUUUUAAUAGGAGAUCGAUGACUAAUAUAUUGAAAUAGUAACUUCUACCUUAAGUAUAAAUAAGCAACGGAACAAAAAAUUAUUCUAAAAUUAAUUCACAGCUGUAUAAGUUUUAGAAAUGACGGUGACAAGCCUAAAAGAAUUACAUGGACAUAAAAAUUAGGCAGACAGUAGUUGACUCAUAUCUGAUUAAUAUAAACUAUAUUAAUUUCUUAUAGUAGGAACAUGGAAUAAAGUUAUGUAUGUAUUUUUAAAUUUUUCCAAAUGUCAAAACGCUGUCGUCCAUUGUGUGACGUCACGAAUGUCACUAGUGAAAUAAACGUCAAACAAAAGGCAUGCCCAAUUUUUGGUUGCCUCAGUCUUGUUAUUAUACGAUUAAGUAUUUAAGGGUUUAAGUGACGUCAUGACACAGAUAAAACAGAGACCAUCAUGGCAUGGCUGAUAGCGUUUUGGCUCUUAGUGUCAAAAAAUGUUUAUAAAUUGAAAUUUUUACGUAUUCGUGUCUCGAAAAAAAUAUGAUAUUUUUUUUGCGAUAAUGAACAAUUUAAGACUCUUUUUAAAAAAUGUGUCAACUAGCCUAUUGAAGCUCGGUAAUGACGCCGAGUAUUUGUGAGUGUUUAAUGUAUUGCCAACCAGAUGUCAGAAAUUUAUAGCGCUCUGCCUUCAUUUGUGCAUCUUUGUGUGCAUCGGCGUGUACCUUAGACUAACUAACCUUUGGACUUGUAGUACACUCAAAUUUACCAACAAAAUUGUCUCGUUUUUUAAGGGGACGAAGUUAACACCAAAAAGUAUACACCGUGUUCUUACACUACACACAGCUAAAUUUAAAUCGUACACACGCGUGUAAUUUUAUCACAAUGAAACAUUGAUUCUACAGACGCAGUUUGGACACGUUGGUUCGUGAUAUACUUUUGACAGAGGGGUAACAUCUAGUGAGACAGGUCCUAUAGUAAUUGGUCUGAGGUGUGUACGUAUGUACAUAGAACUGACCUGGGGUGCGCGUGCGCACUUUUUACUCCAGGAGUCUGGACUUUUUGUCACGUCUAUGGUUACAAUUAAUGAUAUUUUCCUACUUGCGGCAUCUUUGAUGUUCGCUUUCUACUAUCUAUGAAAUAUUUUUACUUUUGUCGAACUAAAACAUGCGGGUAGUUUGCAGAUACUAAAAGUGUGUACAAAAUUAGUCCAUUUAAAUGUUACGUUUAAGGUUGCAAAGGCCAAAAGUGACAUUUUAAUGUACUAAAUAUGUGUCUCACUCCCUUCGUCUUCUAUAAUAAAGGAUACGCUAAUUUCUGUACUGUAUUCUUGCUAUACUGUGACAAAGAAUAUUGUAUUUUAUGUUGGUCAAAGGGCUAGAAUCAUAGACAUUUCAAUAACGAAGCUAUAGAAAUGGCGUGGUCCAUUUCAAACGUUGAUUAGUUAAAUGGAUACCUAUAUGUACAGAUUUUACGUAAUGUGAUACAAACAUUUAUAUAUGAGACGCAAUGUAUAGUUAAAAGUUAGAAUACCGUCAGUUAGUGGGCUUACUUUUUUAUUAAAUCAUGAAGGUCUAUGAUCUAUGGUCACCUACAACGAGAUAAUGCAUACACGCCAUUUCUAUUAUUUUGUUAAUAAUAUUGUCUAUGGUUGGAACUUAGCCGUGAAGCUAGUUUACAAAAUAUAUACGGAACCAAUAAUAAUAAUAAUGAAUAGUGAACACCAAUUUUUAAGUAACCCAUAGCUUUAUACGGUUUUUAUAAUAAGAAAUAAUGAUAAAACACAUUAAAUGCAUAUUUUAGAAUGAAAAUAAUUUAUAUCUAAGUACAUACAGUCAAUUUUACAUGCGAUAAUAUUACGAAUAGACAUGGAAAUACGUGAGCCGAUUUUAUUUUUGAAUUAGACAAAAUCGGUCAGUAUGAUUUAUAGUCCAUAUAAUCUAAUAAUCUAACGGCUAAUGUUGAGCUGUAAACCCUUUUUUUGGUGUUACAGACAGUCAAAUAAUAUCUAAGAUAGGAUGUACUGUUUGUGACACUAAAAAAUAAUGAACUUAUUUUUUUUUCUUUCUUUUCUUUCUUUCCAUAAUAUGCGCUUUACAUUAAUCACAUAGUAGCUGGAUUAUAAAUCGUAAAACGAUGAUUUAAGCAAUAUUGAGGCUCCAAUAGUGAGCGCUUUAUCAACUGAAUCCUAAAGCCUUAAAUAUCAUCAUAAGGAAAAUUGUUGUUCCAACUCAGUUGAUAACGCCCACGAAAGUUUGUCAGCCGAUUAAAAUCAGUAAAGUUAAUGGUCACAAAAUCGGUCGGUUUGAUCCAAUUUAUAUUACUUCUUUUUUAUAUCUUUUCGUCAUAGCAAAAGAAGAAUCAAAAACAUGAUUCUUCUUUCCGUUCAUUCAUUUCAUACUUGUCAAAUAUUAUAAUGUUGAUUAGUCCUUAAAACAUCUUGUAUAUUUGAAUAGUUUCACCGAAACACAGUUAGGUGCCCACUAAAGGCCUAUUAUACUGUCAGCCGAUUUUAAUCGGUCGCCAAAAGUUUAUGGUAGCAAAAUCGGUUCGUUUAAUUCUUAAUGAUGAAACUUUUUGGUUGUUUUAACCGAACCUUAUCAUGGUCGGGUCUAGUCUUAUACUAGACGUACCUAUAUGGAACACAUAUUUUUAUAGGCAUGGAAUUUCGUCAGCCGAUUUGAACAGGAAGUUUGUAAGUAAGUAUAAAAAUCGGCCGGUCUGAUUCUUUUUCAUAAAACAUUUUUGUUGUACCCAAAUGACCUUGUCAUGGGCGGUCAAAUAGUGUUUUUCGAAUAUGGACCUAAAUAACCUUGUUUUAAAGUUUACAUUACUUCUACUGAAUAAACAUUUCGGUAACCGUGUAAAGAAUAAACAACUUUUUACGUUUAAGUAAUUUACAACUUUUAUACAAGGUUGAUUAGAUCUAUUUUACUUUGUAUUUUGGCUAAGGCUAGUGCGUUACCUACUUUACUUUAUUGUACCUACGAUGCAAAAAAACACUAAAACAACGCCAAAGGCUCGCAAAAUGUACUAAUUUAUCUGUUUGAAAAUUUCUGAAGCAUCCAAUAAGUAUAUCGCUACGAUCAGUAUCGCGUUUGUAAGUUCAGUAAAAAAAGAAAUCAUUGUAGGUAGCACGGUUUAAAGUCCGUUUAUAUCUACAGACAUUUAGCGUGCCAGACACGUGCCGUGGCAGACAGAAUAAUAUUCUUCUAUACAGUGUUUAUUAACGUAUUUGUAUCUAUCGUAACAUAGCCGUAUCAUUUACGUCAAUAAACGGCACGUGUCUGACACGCUAAAUGUCUGUAGAUAUAUCUACAGAUAUUUAGCGUGUCUGACACGUGCCGUGACAGACAAAAUAAUAUUCUUCUAUACAGUAUUUAUUUACGUAUUUAUAUCUAUCGUAACGCAGCCGUAUCGUUUACGUCAAUAAACACUAUAUAGAAGAAUAUUAUAUAUUAUAUAUAUUAUAAUAGAAUAUUUUGUCUGCCUCGGCACGUGUCUGGCACGCUAAAUGUCUGUAGAUAUAAACAGACCUUAAACCGUGCUGCCUACAAUGAUUUCUUUUUUUACCGAACUUACAAAUUCGCUUGGUCUGUCUCUUACCAUUCAUUUCAAAGCGAAACGGACUUAUCAGAAUAGAUUGACCUUAAGAGCCUUUUGAUGGGAGUCCGAAAUUAUGUAAUAGUAAAAUUCUUUUAAUAUAUGACGGCUAAUAAGUAUUUUUUUGGAAGAUUUUGAAGAAUUAAUUUAAUACAUUGAAUCAUUCACGCUGGUUAAAUUAUUUAACCCAAAAAAUCCUGUAAAAUGCUUUUAAAUUCAACAGGAUUGAUAAAAUUAAGUUCGAACUGGCAAGUUGUUUUGUAUUUAGCGGAUAGUUACGUUAGAUUUACGUUUGUUAUACGUUUUUCUAUAGAUAUUUAAUAUUCACAAUGUAUAUAGUAGAUAGUACAAAAAUAUUAAACGAAAUGCGAGUAUUUGA